UAUUGUAAUAAUUUUAUAUUACUAUUUUUGGGUUGCGGGAUGUAUCAUCAGAGUUUCCAUUAUUUCUUAUGGGGAAUUUGCUUUGAUGUAAAAACGCUGUGGCAUACAGGCAUGUUUCCAGAAUGAAUUAUGCUUGCAAGCCAAGGUUUUAAUGUAUUUUAGUAAAAGUUGCAAAUACUUUAUUAAGGAUUUAUGCUCAUUAAGGGUAUUGGCCUAUAGAAUGUGUGUGUUUAUGUUUUUCUAUUUGUGUGUGUGUCCUUGGUAUCAGGCAUCUCCUUCGAUAUAAAAAAUUUGUAAGUUGUGGUCCUUUUGCUCCUGUUAUAGGGCUCCCUUGAGUAUUUCUCUUAAGUUUUCUCUGGAGGGGGUUUUCUCCUUUAUUUUCUUUUUGUCUUCAAAUGUCUUUUUUCCAAUCCAUUUCUGAAGGAUAGCUUUGCUGGAUAUAGUAUUCUUGGUAUUUUUUUUAGGACUUUGAAAUGAUUAUCCCUUUCUUUCCAACCUGUAAGGUUUCUGCUGAAAAGUUUGCUAUUAUGAGGAUUCUCUUAUAAACAACUUGAUGCUUUUUCUCUUGAUGUCUUUAGAAUUAUCUUUUUGUCUGGGACUUGUUACAGUUUGAAUAUCAUAUGCUUUAAAGAUCUUGGUUGAACUCAAUUUGGGUAUUUUGAGCUUGCUGGGCCUGGAUAUCCAUAUCUACUAAGAUUUGGAAAGUUUUCAGCAGCUAUUUCAUUGAAUAUAUUUUCUGUACCUUUUCACUUUCAUUUUCUAUACCUUUUCACUUUUAUUCCAUUCAUGGAAUGCUCAUGAUGUGAAAAUUUGCUCCCUUUUCUCCUCUAGAUCUCAAUGUCUGAAUUGCCACAAUCAUUACCAGAAUAAUGACUCUUGUACUUUGGGACCAUUAUUAAGUAAAAUUGGGGUUAUUUGGAUACAGUGCUUAUGAUAUGGUUUGGUUAAUCUGAUAACCCAGGUGGCUACUAAGAGAUGAGAGGGCAAGUGGCAUACCCCUUGUGGACACAGUGGAGAAGGAGACAGACUAUUCAGCUCCCAGAGCUCACCUGGUGCCAGAUGUGGUCUGUUGGACCUUAUGAAUGUCCAGCUAAAUGGAGAUGGCUUGCUUUUGGCGAUUCAAUAGGAUGGGCAAGCUUCGAAGCUCUGUACAUGUGCUUGGAGCUGGUGGAGAGGGCAGUGUAUUUGAAUGUGGACAAAAUCUUGUAUACACUUUAUUUGGUUUAUUAACAAAAUGAAGCACAGUGGGAAUACCAGUAGCUCCUACAGAACUGACACGGGGAGCAGCGAGAGUGAAGAGCCUGCUGGGUCAUCACAGACUGCCCACCCUGGGCUUCCUGGUAUACAGAAAAUUGUUUCUGAAGAAGAGCUAGCUCAAUUGACUCAGAUUCGACCAAGAACAUUCAGUUUUGACAAGCAAUCAGCCUUCAAGGAUUAUUUGAAAAUUCUUGAGAGAAAAGGAGUAUUUGAUAUCACCCAGGAGUUUGGGGAUUUAGAACGUAAGAAGAGUCGUUGUAGUGAGUGCACAUAUGGGAAUGAACCGUGGAACAGACAGAAAAACAGAUACCGAGAUAUCAUUCCAUAUGAGUCAACACGUGUUCCUCUUGGAAAAAGCCAGGACUACAUUAAUGCCAGUUAUAUUAGAAUAAUCAAUCAAGAAGAAGAGUAUUUUUAUAUUGCUACCCAAGGACCACUGCCAGACACCAUAGAUGACUUUUGGCAAAUGGUUUUUGAACAUAAUUCUAAUGUUAUUGCCAUGGUAACCAGAGAUAUAGAAGAUGGAAUUAUCAAAUGCCACAAUUACUGGCCUGUUUCUCCAGAGGAGCCUUUGGAAUUGAGACAGUUCCGUAUCUGUCUGAAGAACUACCAGAUACUUGCAUAUUUCAUCGUCCGAAUGUUUCAAGUUGUGAAGAAACCUACAGAAACUAGUCUCAUGGUGAAACAUGUGCAGUUCACUAAGUGGGCAGACCAUGGGAUUCCUGCCUCAACAGACUCUUUCAUAAAGUAUGUCCGGUAUGUGAGGAAGAGCCACUGCACAGGGCCUAUGGUUGUGCACUGCAGCGCUGGUGUUGGCCGGACUGGGGUGUUCAUAUGUACAGACGUCGCAUUCUGUGCCAUGGAAAAGAGCUAUUUAUUUGACAUCGUGAAUAUAGUGACACAAAUGAGAGAGCAACGUUACGGCAUGAUUCAGACAAAGGAGCAGUAUUGCUUUACCUAUGAAAUUAUCCUCAAAGUCCUUAAGAAAUUUCUGGCUUUGGAAUAGAAAAGACUUCUAUUGUCUCCCAUUGUAAUUACCAAAUGGCUUGGAGUUUGAGAAGCACCGAGGGACUUGGGUCUGCAUACUGUGUACUUUCUUGGUGCAUCAAUUAUUUUUUUCCUAAAAUUUCCCUAAAGGCAGCAUCAUUUAGUGUGGGGUGAACAGUGCUGACUCUUGAUCUUUUGGGACAAGAACAUAAUACCCUCCCAUGUUUUCCAGUGGAACAAAGGUUAUAUAAAACAACUUUGCAGCUUGGCUCUUUGGUUGAAGGGAUUAUAGAGCCCAGUAAAAGACUUAAACUAUGCCGGUUAAAGUUUUAUUUGGGAAGGUGACCAAGGGAAACUGAGGAUUUCCAGGCCUUUAUAAACACUUAUUCUGAGAGAUCAUUCAGCCAAUAAAUGUUGGGUUCAUAUCUUGACCCCCUCGCAGGCAUUUUCAAGACAGAUGUCUAUCCAUGUUCUUUAGCUACAGUCUGUGCGCUCAGCUGGUAUUUGAGUAACUCAAUCUAAAAGGAGUCCAAUUAGGAUGGAUUAAUUUGUCAUAUAAAUUGGCUUCCAUUUGCUAUGUUCAUAUGGGACCCCAGGAACUUCCAAGGUGUAUGUACCUUCCAAGAGCAGCCAGACAAGGCCCCAGGGCUCUGGGGAACAUCAUGUGGGUGGGCAGAGUCCCCUCCCUCCAUCACAUGGGCACCCUGGUGAGCAGUACAGAACUAAAAUAGAUGUUUAUGGAGAAAGUCCAAGAGGAAAUGUUUGGCUGGCUGACUUCUUUCCUACCCCACCCUAACACUUAACAUUACUCAGUCUACUUUGUUAAAAGCAGAUAUUACAUUUUAUUUGCCUCUUCCUUUUCAGCUAACCAGUAAACUUUGAUAUAAGCAUUGUUACAUAA